AUGACCAUCGAGAUAAUCCCACAAGAACCACCCCAAGAACACAGUCCACCCCCAUGGAAGAAUCGUGUCCUCGAAAAGCGCGCCACGCAGCUGACCCUGAUCCCCUCAGAUUGGCACCUUCCGCCACGCUUCCUAGUAAAUCCACCAGCAUCAAGCAUAGAGACCAUCCGCACAAGCGGGAUUCUCUCCGCCGACGAGCUAGCAUGGACCGAGACAACAGAUAUCCGCGACCUCGUUGAGCUGGUCAAGUCGCGGCGCUUGACGAGCGAGUCUCUGACAACGGCGUUUUGUAAACGUGCUGCUAUCGCACAGCAGGUUACGAAGUGUUUGACAGAGAUUUUCUUUGAUAAGGCUCUUGAUCGUGCCAAGGAGCUUGAUGAUCAUCUACAGCGUACUGGUGAGGUUGUUGGGCCAUUGCAUGGAGUUCCGGUGUCUGUGAAGGAUCGAUUUGAUGUUGAGGGGUUUGAUACGACUAUUGGUUGGGUAGGCCUGACCAAUAAACCAGCCGAAUCCAGUAGUUUGAUCGUGAGGUUACUUGAGUCAAUGGGUGCAGUACUAUAUGUCAAGACAAAUGUACCACAAUCUCUAAUGAUGUCUGACUCGUACAACCAUGUAUUCGGCCAAUCCGUGAACGCCUUCAAUCACGCCCUAAUCUCCGGCGGUAGCUCCGGCGGCGAGGGCGCCCUUGUUGGCUCCGGAGGCAGCGUCUUAGGAAUCGGUACUGACAUCGGCGGCUCGAUCAGAAUACCUUCUAAUCUACAAGGUCUGUACUCUAUAUGUCCGACGACGGGACGAGUACCAUGGGACUGCUCCUUCUUACACCAGCACUACCUUGUCACUCCCGUUGCCGGUCCAAUGGCCACAUCUCUCGCUACGACAGAGUACUUCAUGGAGAGUCUUCUUGCGUCCGGCCCGUGGAAUCUAGAUCCAAACUCAGUCCCUAUCCCAUGGCGAAAAGAGCUCGCGAACCCGCCAGCGAAUCGCAAGUUGAGACUGGGUGUUGUAUUUGAUGACGGCCUCGUUAAGCCGCAGCCGCCUGUUGCAAGAGCAAUGUGCGAGACGGUGAAUGCAUUGAGAGCCGCUGGUCAUGAAGUAAUCGAAUGGGACACCUCCCUCCAUAUUGCCACCACCAAUCUCUGGACAAAAGGCAUUUUUGCCGACGGUGGCCAGCACUGCCGUUCGCUCUGUCAGAUAGUCGACGAACCCUUAAUUGAAGGCAUGGUUGUCGGCAAAGAGACCGAUCUUCUUUCACAUGAGGAGCGAGAGCAGGUAAGACCUAAGACACCACUCAGAACAGUAACAUUUGAGAAGCCGAUUUCCCCUCCACCAAUACCCCAAUCCAAAUCCAACCCAUCUAUGAUUCUAACGCCACUAAACCAGUUCGAAGCAACAAAACUCACACUCCAAACUGCCUUCCUGAAGCAAUGGGUUUCAUCGGAAAUAGAUGCCCUCCUCAUGCCCGUCAUCCCGUGGGUAGGUUACAAGCCAAAGACGUGGGUGAAGAGCAAGCAGUGGCUCGGCUAUACGGCUAUGUGGAAUCUGCUGGACUACGCGGCUGUCACUGUUCCAGUUGCGAGAGCGGAUCGGGGUCUUGAUUCUGUUGGUAGUGGAGGCAACGAUGAGUGGGAGGGACAUUCUAUCAGGAAUGAGUCGGAUGCUUUCAAUUAUCUGCAGUAUGAUAUCGACCUUGUUCAUGGGAUGCCUAUCUGUGUGCAGAUUGUUGGGGGUCGAUUUGGAGAGGAAAAGGCUGUGGCAGUUGGGAAGGUCGUUGAUGAGUUAAUGAAUCCGACCCCCUUUCAUUAA